AUGGUCGGUAGUGAGAGUCGAUCAUUGACCGACCUUCCACUCCACAUCAUAAUGGAAAUACUCUUCUACUUGCCUUUCCAGGACCUUGAGAAUGUUGCAAAGACCUCCAAGACACUGCGGAUCCUGAGCAAUGAAAGUAUCACGUACCAUAGGACUUUCAAGAAUUCAAGCGCUGCUUCUCAAUGGACGAGACGUCUGCUUUUCGAUUUCCUGCAUAUUGUUGACGGAAAGCCGCGUCUACUGGAGUACAUUGACUCACAUGGCAUUUCAGUGGUCGAUGGAGUCAGUGCUUUGCAAAAACGGUUCAAUUUAGGAACAAAUGCACUAUUGCUCACAGAGCAGGAACGAUUUCACACAUUUCCUUCUCUUGAUGCACAAGACGGUGGUCCUGGUUGCCACGAGGGCUCUUCCACAGACCUGCAACUGAGGGGUCCCUAUGGGUUAUCCAGACAACUGAACCACACCGACAAAGAAGGACUGAUCUAUCUCAAAAUACUUCAGGGCUUCCAGCGGAUCGCCACAAACAGUCACCGGCUCUUUGAAAACCAGUCAAACGUUCCAGAUGCUCAUAUACCUGUUGCUGAAAAACCUACAGAAAGGCCCGAAAACCCCGCCAGAGUGGUCGAGAUGGUCUCAACUGUAUACUCACCCGAGCUCCCUACUUGCCGUCCACACAGCCCAGAACCUACUCAACCGGACGCGGUGAACUCAAAAGAUAGCUCACCGAGCUCCUCACAUGCCUCUAGCUCGGAGGGCUCUCUAUUCUCGGAAGUGCCUAAGCUAUCAGAUCUAACCUGGUCAUACUGUGAUGUCUUUAAAAGUGAAGAGCAGCCAAGCUCGGCCUCCGAUGGCGAGGGCUCUGAUUCGAGCUCGUCAAUCAAAUAUCUGAGAGAACUGCAACGCUCUACCAAAGUCAGUGACAAGAAGCAUUUUUUUGAACGUUUAAACACACAACUACAGCUAGAUCACGAACUGGUGCUUGGCAGGAACGAAGACGAAAACAAUACGUUGUCCAGAAGGCUGCGACAAAAGUCAUCACAGGAUUACGACACAGAGUUGGAACAUUGCAGUUCUCUUUCUUUACGUCCUUCUCUUGAAGCUUCUAAAAGCUCGCAAGAAUACUUGUCGAGGUACCAGGCGCAUUUGGCUACAUCAGCCAAAAACAAACAAGAUGCAACACGCAAGAAGGGCAAGCAAAGACGGCAUAACCAGGCUCCUCACAGAAGGACACUGGUUGCCAAAAUCACGGACGAUAAUAGGAUAUUUUACGAAAAACUUUAA